AUGUUGGCGCCAGGAGGGCCCGUCCUACGCGAAGUUGUCGUCUGGAGCAAACCUCAUGGACUGGACUACUCUAGCGUUCGGCUCCGGGCUGGGGCCGGUGAUGGAAAUCGAGCCUCCAAACGCCCUCGUCUCUGGUCUUGGCUGCUGGGCUUCUGGGCCGCCUCAACCAAGCCGCUCCGGAGCUGGUACCAGCGCCUGAGAAAGGUGAAGCCGGCCGUGGCGCGGCCGCCGCGCCGGCGCUCCUAUCCUCCCUUGCCUCCGGCCCCCGGCAAGCUGUCGCCAUCCGAAAGGCGGCAGUGGCGAAGGGAGCAGAGGUUUGAGGAGAUGAAGAAAAAGCGGAAGGCUGGCCGCGCCGAGGAGCGGCGCAAGGCCGCCCUCCGUCGGAAGAAGGCCCGCCAGGAGCUGCUUUCAAAGAUGAGCGAGGAAGAGAAGCGGGCAUACUUCUUCGAAGAGAGGCGGAAGCAAGUUGAGAUGGAAGAAAGCCUGGAACGAGCCUUUGAGCAAGGUCGCCCGCGAGUUGUCAUCAAUUGCAGCUUCGGGGACUUUAUGGGAGACCGGGAAAACAUGUCCCUGGCCCAACAGGUGAAGCUAGUGUACACACUUCUGAAGCGCCUGCGAGCGAAUUUCCAGCUGCACCUGACCUCCUUAGACGCUCAGAAUCCAGCCAGGGCACAUUUGGCCAACAGUGGGCUCUCGGGGUGGAAGGUGCAUGUGCAUGAGGAGAGCGUCUGGGAACGCUUCAGCUCAGGGGAUCUGGUCAUCCUCUCGCCGGAUGCCACAGAAUGCCUCGAGACCAUCGAUGAAGACAAGAUCUACGUCAUCGGGGGCCUCGUGGACCGAAGGGUUCAGAAGAAAAGGACUUUCGACCAGGCAAAGGAUCAAGACCUGCAGCUGCGGAAGUUGCCGCUCAAGGAGUACGGCCCGAAGGGUCUUCAUCCCAUCCUCAACAUCGACGUGGUGAUGCAGAUCCUCAUCGAGCGACACCAGGGCAAGGAGUGGUCGAGCAUCUUCGAAAGCUGUCUCCCUCGACGACUCUACAGAGAUGCGCGGAGCGGCAAGCGAGCUGAAGAGAGCAAAGGGGGCUGUGUUUCUCAUGUCAGU